AUGGAAUACUGCAUAGGCUCAGUUGCGGAUGUUUUAGAAGUUCACAAAAAGCCACUCCGAGAGGAUGAAAUUGCCUGUAUUGUACAGGAAGUACUAACUGGCCUCGAUUAUCUUCAUUCCGAAAAAAGGAUCCAUCGAGAUAUCAAGGCGGCUAACAUACUCCUUACCGACUCUGGUGGAGUAAAAAUUGGCGAUUUUGGGUCAGCUAGCUUCAUAAGUCCAGCCAACAGCUUCGUUGGGACACCAUUUUGGAUUGCUCCAGAAGUUAUUCUUGCUAUGGAACAAGGCAUAUACGAUGUACGAGUGGAUGUUUGGUCACUAGGAAUUACUUGCAUUGAAAUGGCGGAGUUGGAGCCUCCAUACUUCAGUGCUACUAAUCCUAUGGCUGCUCUUUAUCAGAUCGCUUCAAAUGAUGCCCCUAGACUAGUCGGAGGUAACUGGUCUGAUGAAUUUCGAAAUUUUGUGCAGUUUGUCCUCCAGAAAGAUAUGAAUGAAAGACCAUUCUGUUCUCAAGCUAUGGCGCAUCCUUUUUUAGCUAAUGUAUUUCGUUUCACUCACAUUCUUCCUGAGUUAAUUCAACGCACCAAAGCUGCCGUAACUGCUCAAGAAAAUCAGAUCAGUCAAAAGUGGAAAAAGAUUCUUUAUGAAAGUGAAUUAAAUCAUUCUUCCUCUUCAGUUGUAACCAGUGAGGAAAGUCCAACUUGCAGACAAGCUGCUUUUGUGUACGACGAUUCUAGUACUGAAGUAGAGGUUUCCGUACGAAAUUCUUACAGGCCACGCCUUAUUUCUGGCCUACUUAGACAAUCUCAUGAGGGAUCAAACGUGGCUGGACCAGAGCGAAGUUUACGACGACAUGAUUUAAGGAAAGGAUCUAACCAAACCAGAAGGCGGGAUUCUAGCAGAUGUGUUGAUGAGGAUAUCAGUCAUGAUAGUAGUUCUAUCAACGAUGAUGUCGAAUAUCUGGCUGGCGAUAGUUGUUCCAAUAGCGUGGAAAGCGCGAGCAGUGAUUUGUCCGAUAGUGGCAAUAGUCCUGGUCAACGACAUGUGUACAUACCUCCUAAACAUUCUGUAUCUGGAAUUUCAACUGAUAACUCACCCUCGCGUACAUUUGACCCGGAUAGUGGACAUGGUGGUUCAUUUGAUUUUAACGGCGCGCAUCCAUCACCAGUGUCUAAUCGACCGACUGCACACAGAUUGAGUGCAGGUGACUCAAGUGUAACGCAACAUCCUCAGACUUCCCGUCCAGUUCAAAUCAAUAGUCAUUUGUAUGCUAAUAUGGACUCCAACAGUGACAAUCAUGUGUAUCAUUCGAUAGUAGUGGAAUGUAAUAAUAAUGACUCAGGAGGAGGAGGACAUCAUGGUUCUGUUCCUGAAGCUGUAGGAUGUUCUGCUACACCGACAAAGACUCAGAUUAUUAAAACAGGAAGUGAGAAUUUCAAUCGACUCUCAAUUACCUCUCCCCGUAAUGAUUCAGGUAUUGUUGCUGAAACAUCUCGUUUAGCUGCCAUGGGGAUAAGUUCUCCACAGGAGACUUCAACCUCUGUUGGUCAUUUUGCAACACUGAAAACUAGCCAAAUGAUGAGAGGUCAGUCGUCAGAACUGGAUGCAUCAAAUUCAGCUGCUGCUGUUGCCCUUGGUUUUACACAACAAGGUUAUGGCAGAGGUAUGGCCAACUGUCGUGAUCAAAUGAAUGAGCUCAAACGAUUACGAAAUCAACAUAAUAAACAUCUGAAACAGGUGGAAGACAAAAAUAAGGCUGAAGAAGAAUCACUCAAAUCACGCUUGAAUCGCGACUAUGAAGCAACAAAGUUGGUGAUGAGAAAAGAAUUCAUGAGGUUGGAAGAAAUCCAUGCUGCUGAAAUAGAAAAGGAGCGUAAACGUGCAAUGUCUGUUGAAUCAAAGUUGGCACGUCAAUUGGAGACGGAAACAAAGAGUGAAUUGAAAUCGGCUAAAAAAUCAGCUCUUGGUUCGAUUAUUUCACAUGAUUCAGACUCUAGUGGACAUUCUAAUCCACUAGAAGCUAUUCGUAAAAGACGUCAGGAUGUCUCUGCACUUGAAACUCGUAAAACUAAACGUCUUCUUUUGACCCAGUUGCAGGAUAUUGAGAUGGAACAGUUACGCCAGUACAUACGUUUACAACAGAAAGCAGCCGAAGAGAUUACUUCACUUUUACUCAGGCAACACACAGAACUUGAGAAUUUAGAAAUCAAUCAAUUGAAAAGAAUUCAAGACUUACGCAUCAAUCAGUUACAAAAUCAACAUGAAGCUGAAAUGGAAAAUCUACAUCAGUAUUUUAAGCGUAUUGAAGCUGGUAUACAGAAAAGACAUUGUGAAGAAACAAAAAAUCUACCCAAAUAUCUUAAGCAAAAAGAGUUGCAGAUUCGUAAACAAUUUCGUGAUGCUGCUAGAAUUCAGAAGAAACAAUUCAAACUGCUACGUGAAGAACGUUUAAAAGCAGCCCGUCGGUCUUCAGAGUUAGGCACAUCAUCAUUUUCAGGAACAUCAGAGUCCUCUGGUUUGAAUUCAUCAAAUUCUAAUAAUCGUCCAGAGUCAGUUGAUCUACAGGGUCAACUGGUUAUGCAUCUGCAAGAUGAACGUCAAAUUUUAGAGAAUCUUAAACUAGAAGAAAAGCGUAAACAAGCUGAUUUAGAAGCACAAUAUAAUAAAAGUAUUAGUGAAUUACAUGAACGUCAAAAUGGUAAAGUUGAAUCAUCACAUGCUCGUGAAAAUAAAGAGUUUAAAGAGAACCGUUCAGAAGGAGUGAAAAUUUUAUCCAGUUUCCAGGAGAAACAACGACGUGAUAUGCUGAAACAACACCAGCGGCAAAGGGAAGAUUUAGAGAAUAGAAUUCGUGCCCGCAAAGAAUCUCUAGAAGCUGCAAUGAAAAAGAAUGCUGAGUCAACGAAGGAAGAAUCUCGUAAGAAAACGAGACGGCUAAUGGAACGUCAUGCGGAUGCUUUACGUGCUUUCGACAUUGAAACCGCUAAUCUUGGUAUUGACAAUGCUGCUGUAGUUGGCUCGUCCAGCCGGAUUUCCGCAACAUCAGGGAUAGCAAGCGGGUCGUCAGGCAGCACUGCCUCAUUCUCUAGCUCAAGUGGACAACGUCCAUCAGAUUGGCGACACACUACCGUGAUCCCUGGCACAAUUGUGUGUACAUUAAUUUACAAAGAAUGGUUGUUCAAUUGUUCAAAUUCACAUGAAGCUGCAAUUUAA